AUGGGUGAUAACUCCAUUGUUGGUGCUGUUGCUGCUGCCUCUGCAAAUUUGUGUGUUUUUGAUUCUAUUCCAGGUACUGGCUCCAACACUUGGAUAAUUGACACUGGUGCUUCUGAUCAUAUGACUUAUGAUGCUAAAUUUUUUGAUGAGUUGUCUAGUAACACUCGUGACCCAUACAUAACUAGUGCUAAUGACUUGCCCUCUCCAAUUACUGGUGAGGGCAUAAUCUUUCUCACUCAUACUCUAUCCUUGUCUCAUGCGUUACUAGUUCCCAAUAUCUAUUGUAACUUGUUAUCUGUUGGUCGAUUACUUGAUACAAUUAAUGUUUCUGCUACUUUAUAUCCUACGCAUUGCUAUUUUCAGGAUCUCAAGACUCACGAGAUGAUUGAGCAUGAGUUCUAUACUAUGGUGUCUACUCAAUUUCAUGCUAGGGUCAAAGUAUUAUGGACUGAUAACGGAGGCAAAUAUGUGAAUAACACUUUGACAUCUUUCUUCUAUGCUCAAGGUAUUAUUCACCAAACGACAACCUCAUUUACUCCUCGGCAGAAUGGUGUGUCUGAACGCAAGAAUUGUCAGUUACUUGAAGUUGCCCGCUCCCUUAUAUUGGACAUGUCUGUUCCCCAUCAUCUUUGGGGGCAUGCUGUUUUAUUUGCUGCCUAUUUGAGUAAUCGUACUCCUAGCUGGGUUCUUGAUUUCAAGACUCCACAUGAUGUGUUUGGUGACUAUGUUUUCCCUGUCUCAGUCUCCAAGUUGCCCCCUAAAGUUUUUGGGUGUGUUGCCUAUGUUCAUGUCUACUCUUAUCAACGGAGUAAACUUGAUCCUUGUGCUAUGCGAUGUGUCUGUAUUGGUUACUCUUCUACUCAGAAAGGUUAUAAGUGCUAUCAUCCACCUAUCCAAAAGGUGCAUGUUACUUUGGACGUAACUUUUCAUGAAGAAGUGCCCUAUUAUGUCUCUCCAUCCUCUCCAAUUCAGGAGGAGAGGGGGAGUGAAUUAGAGAGUCUUGGAUUAGAGAAUGAUGUGUUUGAAGACACUGCUAUCAGGAAGGAAAUGACAUGUCGCACUGAAGCAAGUGACCAGUCACCCAUAUCUAAAGAUGAAACUUGUGGUCCCUGUGAAGAAACGACUAAUCGCCCUUUGGAAUUCGACCAGUCGCCCAUAUCUAUAGAUGAAGUAGGUGCUCUCGAUGUCGAAACGACCGGUCACACUGAAGCAAGUGACCAGUCGCUUGUAUUUGAAAAUAAUGACAGUGAUUCUUGUAUGGAUGAGUUCGAUGCAAUACCCCUCUGCCCUGCCAGUGCCUCAAUAUGGGUGUUUUCUUUGAAGCAUAAAGCUGAUGGUUCCAUUAACUGUUACAAGGCUAGAUUGGUAGCAUAUGGUUAUACUCAGAUCUAUGGAGUGGAUUAUUUGGAGACCUUUGCUCUAGUGGCAAAGCUCAAUACUGUGCGUGAGGAGAUUUACAUGGAUUUCCCUCAUGGUAUUCCUGUAACCUCUAAGAAGGGUAUUGUGUGUAAGCUGCAGAAGUCUUUAUAUGGAUUGAAGCAGUCUCCAAGAGCGUGGUUAGGGAGAUUUGCAACAUCUAUGAAGAAAUUUGGAGAUGAUCAUGCAGAAAUGCAAAAUCUUCAGAAGUAUCUGGCUUAUGAGUUUGAGAUGAAGUCAUUGGGUGAUUUGAAGUACUUUCUUGGGAUUGAAGUUGCCAGAUGUAAACAUGGUAUCUUUUUGUCUCAAAGAAAGUAUAUUUUGGAUUUACUUGCAGAGACUGGAAUGUUAGAUUAUAAACCAAUUGAUACCCCUAGUGAACAGAAUCAUAAGUUAGGGUUGUAUCCUAAUCAAGUCCCUACAGAUAAAGAGCGUUAUCAACGACUUGUGGGGAAAUUGAUUUAUUUAUCUUAUACACGUCCUGAUAUUGCAUAUGCAGUGAGUGUAGUGAGUCAGUUUAUACAUUCUCCUAGUGAAGAUCACAUGAGUGCUGUGAUGCGCAUCUUAAGGUAUUUGAAAGUAACUCCUGGAAAGGGGUUAAUGUUUUGCAAGAAUGGUCAUACAUAUGUGGAAGGGUAUACAGAUACUGAUUGGGCUGGUUCAGUCACUGAUAGACGUUCUACGUCUGGGUCUAGUGCCGAGGCCGAGUACCGUGGGAUGGCUCAAGGUGUGUGCAAGUUAUUAUGGUUGAGAAGAUUGUUGAGAGAUCUUGGGUUUGGACCCAAGAAACCCAUGGAUUUGUAUUGUGAUAAUAAAGCUGCAAUUGUGCAUAACCCUGUGCAACAUGAUCGUACAAAGCACGUGGAGGUUGAUCGACAUUUUGUUAAAGAGAAGUUGGAUGCUGAAAUUAUUUCUUUUCUGUUUAUAUCAUCCGAGUAUCAACUGGCAGAUGUUCUUACGAAAGCUGUGUCUACUACGGUCUUUCUCAACUCACUUGACAAGUUGGGCAUGCGUGACAUCUUUGCUCCAACUUGA